UUAAAUUGGGAGAGUCAUUCAAUAACCAAACCGAUCGAGAAAUUUGGCGGCGCGCAUUGGCCUCGGGGGUUUACCGGACGGAGGCAAGUUGUGUCUUGCCCUGCCGGAGAAAACGAAACAAAGGCUAGCCCCUAUUCGCGCGCGCGCGGUGUGUGGUAGUGUGGGGUGUAAACAAUGAGGCACCCGGCCAAGGCAUUUGAUUUGCAUGAACACUAGGCACCUCGCUGAGGGUGCCAAUAUCUUCUUCCCAACAUGACCUCCACAACAACAUCAACCUACUCUACAACCACCCGACACACGCUUUCUCGAAAGAGAGGCCCCGGUCUCAGCGCAUUCGCCACGGCAUCCACUCCAAACCUGAACCAGCUUUAUUCGUCUCAUUCGUCGCGCCUCGCCCCCCCGUCACUCUCCCGAAAAGCUUCAUUCGCCGCCCUGACCCAGAACUCGCUUGCCUCCAUCCCCGAUGACACCGAAGCCUACGCCCUCAACACCGUCCUGACCAGCGACAAAAUGCCGGCACCCCUCACACCCGGCAAGCUCGGUGCGAGGGACGACCUCGCCACGGGCGACGCCGUCGACGUCCCUGGCAACAUGCACGGCACAGUUCGUUUCGUCGGUACCGUGCCGGGCCGGAAAGGAACCUUCGCCGGAGUCGAGUUACACGCGGACUUUGCGUCGCGCGGGAAGAACAGCGGCGAUGUUGACGGUGUCUUCUAUUUUACCACCACUGUUCCUGGCGCCGGUAUCUUCCUGCCCCUUUCCAAGGCAGUCAAACGAGAUUCUACGCCAACAUCGGCAAGCUCCAUUCCCCUCACCCCUACCGCAGCGACUCCCGGCGGCUUGAGAGUCGGAAAUCAGAACUCAACCAAUUUCACCCCCCCAACACCAUCCUUGCCCAAGUUCAGCCAGUCUGUCGGCCAGUUCAGCCAGUCUGUCGGCCCGGGCCGCGCCCCAAGCCCCGCUGGCAAGAGAUCGAGAGGCUCUCUCCCCCGACCCGAGUCUCCCGUCCGUCGGCUCCAGCUCGCCACCCCCCGGCCACCCAUGGGGACUCCCGGUCCCAGACCACCCGCCCGAUAUGGGAGUCCGACGACAAACAAGUUCGCCCAGAGCGUCCGCGGGACGGCUGGCGAUCCCAGCAAGCGGCCGCCAGCCCGCGACGGGAAAACCAGCAUCGGACCCCGCAGCGCAUCGGCCCUGGGCAACACCACGUCGUCAAAUUACACCGACGACGAGACCACGCCGGUAGGGGUUCCGCGGACGACGACGACCAACGGCAGCAUCGGCUCGAUAUCCUCGCUCAACUUGAAGCUGCGGCCCGUGUCGCGCGCCGCCUCGCGCGCCGGCGCCCACACCAGCGACGAGGACGUCGAGAGGCUGAGGGCACAGCUCCAGGACCGCGACCGCCAGCUCAAGGAGCAGGCUUCGAGUCUGGCCGAGAUGGAGGGCAGCAUAAGCGAACUGCAGAGUCUGAUAGAGGGCUCCGACGGGCCGCCUCCCCUCUUGCGGCGGGGCAGCAUGGAGGACAGGGAUGCUCCGCAGCUGAGGGCCUUGCUCAGGGAGAAGAACGAGAAGAUUGCCAUGCUGACGGCCGAAUUCGACGCCCACCGCGCCGACUUCCGGAGCACCAUCGACACCCUGGAGAUGGCGAGCACGGAGACGGAGAGGGUGUACGAGAAGCGCAUCGAGGAGUUGAUGCAGGAAGUCCACGAUCUCCAGGACCGCACGGCCGACGUGGACAAUGUGGCGUCGCAGCUGAAGCAGCUGGAGGAGCUCGUGCAGGAGCUGGAGGAGGGCCUGGAGGAUGCCCGGCGGGGAGAGGCCGAGGCUCGAGGGGAGGUCGAGUUCCUGAGGGGCGAGGUGGAGAGGACAAGGUCCGAGCUACGCCGCGAGCGCGAGAAGGUCCAGGCCCCGGGCGGACCCAACGGUGCUGCGAACGGCAACAACCUCUCAAUCUCCAAGGAUCUGGAGCAGAAGGAAGACGAGAUCCGCGGCUUGAAAGCCAUCAUCCACUCUCUCAGCCGGGAUUCCGUCCCGGGAGGCGACGGCGCCGACAGGACGCCGACCCAGCGCUCUGGCUCGCUCCGCUCGGCGCGGCAGGAGUCCAUUGACGACCGCUUGGCGCGGGAGAAGCUGGAACGCGAAGUCGCCGAGCUCCGGGCGCUCGUCGAUAACAAGAGCGGCCGCGAGGACGAGCUCGAGCGCGAGAUCGAGGCGCUCCGCCGGGGGAGCGCCGCCCUGGGCAAUCGGCACAGCGCCAUGACGAUCGGCAGCAACGCCAACGACCGCAACUCGCUGCGCGACUCCCGCAGCACCGUCAUCCUGGCCCCGCGGAGCCCGGAGGCCCACCACAAGUCUCUCGGCGGCGGUCUCCGCCACAGCCGGGGCAUCACCCUCGACACGAUGCCCGAGAGCGACGCGUACAGCACCGCGACCGAGAAUAGCACCCUCUGGUGCGAGAUCUGCGAGACCUCGGGGCACGACAUCCUGACCUGCACCAACAUGUUUGGGCCCCAGGCGGAGCAGAAGAAGGGCCAGGGCCCCGCCGAGGAUCCCUCGUCGUCGUCGCCCAAGACGGGCAGGGACGUCGUCCGCGCGGGCCUGAAGAACCUCGGCGUCCCCGGCCCGGACGACGACAUCAAGCCGGCUCCCCUGUCGCCCCUGAAGAGCAAGGCGUCGGCGCCCCUGCUCUCCUCGGUCAGGAUCCUGCCGAACCCCAUGGAGUCCGGCCCCGUGGCCGGCAAGGAGAGCGGCAUGGUGGAUUCGGCCAAGUGGUGCGCGCUGUGCGAGCGGGACGGCCACGAUAGCGUCGACUGCCCGUUUGAGGACGCCUUUUGAGUGCCUCACAUGGGCAUUCUCGACUUCGAUGCUCGCCACACGCAACCACCGGGGUUUUUUAUCAUUCACGGAACGAAACCGAAGCUCUCUUAUGGGAUAAUGCGCAGAGCUUGUCAUGACGGAUUGGCACGGGGAAAUGAACUGUUACAUUACGAACGACGAAACCCAUUUCGCUUCUAGACCGCGCUCUUUGUUCAUCAGGAGUUCUUCACUUCUUGGGAGCUAUGUAUUUAGCAGCGGGCUGGCUGGUGGGAGCUGGAAGAUACCCCAUACACUACCCCAUGGAGUUUGUUGUUUUUGCAGUAGGAUUAUUUUAAUGAAGAGUACAUGACCGUUACCGUUGAUCGCGUCCCUAGCCUGUGCGAGGUUUGGGAAUGCACUGUACGAUGUUCCACAUUUAGAAACACAGCUGAGCCCCUUGCACCUCAAUGG